CCCAGGGUGAGAGGUAGGGAGUUUCCCCUAUUUGCAUUCCUAACGCUUAUUUCCUGUAAAGGCGAAAGAAGGCACUUCCGUGUGCGUCGUACAGGUGAAACUGACACACCUGAGACAGUUUGAUUGUUAGAGAAUAAUCCUGAGUAAUGGAGUCGUGUUCAGAAGCGUCCUGUCCUCAUCUCAGCCUUCCAGUCGAGAUGGAUGAGUUGAUGACAUCGUCAUCUCUGAACCUGGCCUGGCCGGCGUGUCAGAAGUGUUUGGUGCAUGUUGAUGACAUCACAGCCCCGAGUAAUGACAUCAGGGUUAAUGACAGGCAACAGUCUGAAUACCAAGAUGAUGGUUUUGCAUUGGGGUUAAAGGUUAAUGGAGCUGAACUUCCUGUAGUAGCACCUGCAGAGCUAGGUGAGGUAGAUUACACAGUCAAAUGCCACUGGAAUGUUCCGAGUGAGGAUGAGGAGAGUCUGGAACAGCCUCUUCCUCUCCUGUCCAAUGUGGCAGAGAUUCAGCCCCGAAUCACUCGACCUGGACUUACACGUUCAUCUCCCUAUGCUGUAGAUCCUCAGUGUCCCAGAUAUCUGCCCCCACCUGCACACAUGCUCAAACCACACAUAGACCAGCGGCACAUACAGGCCAGGUUAACAGACCUCAAACCCAUGGUUCCAAUGGCAACAGCCCAGAACAGCACCCGUGUGAGAGACACACCUGGUGUGAUGUCAGAGGCGUGUGUUCUUCCCUCUCAGCCUAUCAAGACAGGCCGUGCACUGACACAGGAAGUGAGGCGCACCAUCAGUCUCCCAGAAGAUUGCCGCACCGUGUUCAUCACGUAUUCCGUGGACGUGGCGGAGGAGAUCUUUCCGUUUGUGACGUUUUUGAUCAAUCAAGGCUUCAGACCGGCUAUCGAUAUUUUUGAUAACGCUGUGCGGCAGAUGGAUGUGAACAAGUGGAUGGACGGCUAUUUAAAAGACAAAUCGGUUCUGAUCAUCAUGGUCAUCAGUCCAAAAUACAAGCUUGACAUCGAGGGUGACGGAUCAGACCAACACGGCCUGCACACCAAAUACAUCCACAGUCAGCUGCAGAAUGAGUUUAUCCAGCAGCGCUGUCUGAAUUUCAGACUCGUCCCUGUUCUCUUCCCCAGCGCUAACCAGAGUCAUGUCCCGUUGUGGUUACAGAGCACACGUGUGUUUCGUUGGCCUCGUGAUAUUCAGGAUCUGCUGCUACGUUUACUAAGAGAGGAGAGAUACAUCGCUCCCCCGCUCGGACGUGACCUCACCCUCAGCAUCAGACCACUGGGACACACACAAGCACAUCAACUAAACUGUUGAACUUUACUGUUAAAAUUUUAUGUUGUAUGGAUUAAAACUAAUACACUAAUAAAAAUGUAAAUAAAGAAUAGGGACAGAUGAGCACAGUGUGGAGAAGUUUAGGAAAUUCUUACACACACACACACACACACACACACACACACACACCUCAUCAUCUUGAACUCUCUUCUUUUUGGGAGCUUAAAUUCUAUUCAUGUGCAAUAUUCAAGUUUUAGCUGAAAUGUCUUUGGGUUUUACUGGGCAGACUUCUAAUGUAAUAGUUUUGACUUUUCAUAUCAAAAUAAAAAUGGAUUUUAAUAAAA